UGAAAACCUUUGGAAAGUGCCACGUGGUACCAUGCAAAGUAUUGAACAAAAAUGAAUAUUCCAUAGCUGAUCACUUAUUCUCACUCUUUAGCAUUAAUUUCAAAAUUUAUAAAUCAUUUACAGACUGAGACAUGAUAUGAUUUUUAUAAAUAUAAAUUUACUCUUUCAAGAAUGUAAAUAUAAAACUCCUUCAAUGCAUUCAAAAGUAUCAGGGUGUGAAAGUUUGCAUUAGAAGUGGAUUUAUUCUUGUAGGAUAUAGUUAUUUCUUUUGAUGUCGACUAGCGGAUGCCUGUAGGCCUGUUUUUUAUAUUAAUUAACUUGCCAUUAAAAUGAUAAACAAUGGAGGAUGCAGUCAUGUUCAUGCAUACAUGUGUAGCAGAAGAUUUUAUCUUUGCUGAUUCAUUAAAUUAUUUAUGUUGUUAUUUAGUGAUGCUUCAUACUUCUAAAUCUAAAACGUAUGAAGGUAAAAUUAGGGUUACACUGUUGUAAUUACGAAAUUGGAGGAAAAGAAAAAUAUAGGUGGAAUGGUUUUGUCUUUUGUAAAUGUUUAUAAGUACUUGGAUAUCUACCAUACAAAUAGACGGUUUUGUGACGAAGUGUGCAAGUAAGAGGAAAAAAUGCAUUGUUGUGCAGAAUGCAAAAUCUAUUUCUGUAUAGAUAAUAAUUACUCUGUAGAUAUAUGUAUUACUGACAUUUGUUUAUGCUUAGGCACAACAAUAAUCUUUCAUGCAAAUAUGGCUCAGAAAUAUGGGGGAGAAAAACAAUGAGCUGAUAUCCAAUUACCAUUAAAUCAAUGCUUUGCUGAAGUCAAUAAUAAUAAAUGGAUAACAACUGCAGCAACGCAAAAAUUGCCAUGAAAUUAUUUAAUGCUGUUGCAUCUUCAAUAAAGUUGAGUAAAGAAUAUUUGAGAACAUUAUAUUAUGUAAAAUGUAUGUUUAUGCAAAAAAUGUCAUCCUAAUGAUAUUGGGGAUGAAUACCAUGCACUCUAAUUUUGAAUAGACUAUGAUGUAAACUGUUUCUCUAAUUCUGCUGGAAUAAUCAGAUUUCAUACAACUUUAAAUAUCUGGUAGCAUUAAGAAAGAUGUUUCAACAAAAUUUGUAAGAAUUAUAUAAUUGCCAACCUAAAAUAGCAAAUUGUGUGAAAAAGAAGUAAGAUCAAUGUUCUUAUUGUCUACAUAGAGAGUAUUUAGUUAUUUUGUCUUCGUUUACCUUCUGUAUAUUUUAUACAUAGUUCUUCAAAUAUGCUGUACAUUACUUAUUUCAUUGUUGUGUAUAAUAUAGUUUGUUCUAGAUGCCCUCACAGGAUUCUGGGUCCACUUUAUAGGGCUCUAACUCUGAUUAUACAUGUUUCAAUAUGACAGAAUGAGAGCGAGGGUUGAAUAAAAGACUUUUGUUACCUUUUGAUCACUAUGGAGUUAAUGACGAACUCCGAAGUUUUAUACAUUUUUAUAUUUAAUUCUUUUCCACAAUGGCAGCAUCAUUAACUCCCACUCUCUUCUUCCGGUACACACCGAGCCGUUUCAGGUAAUACAACCCAUCUCCGCCAUUUUGGUGACUUACACGCGGUGUGUCACACAUCGCUCACCGCUCACCGGUGCAGGUAUUUCACAAGUUUUACCAGUUAAAAAGAGGAGCUACAGAGAGAAACCAUUUUGCUGUUCAUAUCUCAUCCUAUAAAAGAUUCCAGUGGAGUUCAGGUCACUGUCGUAAAAGUUGGUGGGCGACGAAGGAUUACCGUGAUGACGUCUGCGGCCAAAAGAGUGAGGCUAUCAGAAUCGACAAAGUGGCGAAAUGAAGGUAACAUUAUAUACAAGUCUACAGAAGGACUGGCACCACUUCUUCAGAGCGAAGGUCUUCAGCGGGCAGUCAACCUGUACAGCAGAGCCCUUGAUCUUGCAGAGGAUGCCGCCGAGAGAUCCUCAGCAUGCAAGAACAUCGCCAUGGCGUCCUGGAAGCUUGCAAAAGCCAAGAUGGUGCUUCCGAAUGCGGAAGAUAAGAUCGUUUUCUAUAAUUUCAAGCAAGCUCUGAAACAUUUCAAGGAGGCUGAAAAAUCAGGAAGGUCGCGUGAGCUUCAGUGGCGAGAGUCCUUGACAACUAGCGCCCUCGAGUGCUGGAGCGACACCAAGAAACGUCUGGACAAACAUGAGAACGAGGAGCGCAAAGUCUGGGAGUUACAGCCCCUACUAGGACUUCUUUUUCAUGAUGCCACUCUGGCUAAAGAACACUUCGCCAUCGCACAGACUUACUUUUCUUGGUCCUCGGCGGCACUGACAAAACGCGACUUUAGAAAAGCUUUGAGUCUUCUGGGAGACUGCAACUUCCCUCUGAACGAAGCCAUGAGGCUGGGGAAGGAAGACCAGGAUCUCAUGAAAGAGUGCCGUGUGCUGGAGGAAGAGAUCUUUGACCGCAAAUGCGUGGCCGAGUCCAUUCAGGCUCGCACGAAUGGAGACGAAAUUCUGAAGAUGAUCACAUUCGAGACCGAAGACCUGAACAUCAACAUGGUGUGGGAGGUGAUCGACUGGUACCACAACGCAGCUCUGCUGAUACGGGAGCGGGACCUUGAACUGGAGGCCAUGGCCCUGAGCAGCCUUGGUCUCGUAUACGCCAAGGUUCUGAAACUCAAGUACCACGCCAAACUCUAUAUUAGGAAAGCCUUUGAAUUAAUCAAUGUCAUGGUACCUCGAAACUGUCUUAACGAGGGAUGGUAUCUAUCUGCACUAAGUAUGAUGCAACAGUUCCAGCAGGAACAAGUCUGGGCAAACGACAUAGAGAAGCAGAAACAGCGAGAGUCAGUCAUGAAGGAAAUCAAAGACGACGUUGACAAACUGAACGACAAAUUCACCAUGUCCUCGAAAGAAAUUUUUUUGAAAUACGUCUAUGCGACUUAUCCCCCUAAAAACCCCAAACACAAGUUGGAUGAAAACGCCGCCUUUGAAGACGAAGAGGUGAUGAAGAAGCUGUACCUGAAGGCCGUGACCCACUAUCAUCCUGACAAGGUGGACGUAGAAGAAGAUGGAGCAAAUUGGAAGGUUCUGUGUGAAGAGAUCGCAAAACUGCUUAGUCACCAAUACCAAUGCUACAAAGGUUUACUAAGUUAAGGUUUCAGAUCAGGAAAAAGUAGAUUACCCGAGUCUGCUUUUAAAAUUCUAGAUGUCUCAAACGGUGUGUUUUUUGAAAAAAUAAAGAAAACCUUCAGUACACAGUAAGAAACAAUAUGUCUUAGAAAAGAUCUCAUUAAAGUAUUUUUCUUGAACA